UCUGGUUUACGCCCGAGGCGCAGCGGCGGCGCCCCGGCGGGCUACUUCCUGUUGGUUGCUAGGCGCCUGCGCCCCUUUCCCGGCCGCGGCUGUAAAGUGGCCCGUGCGCGGCCGCGGUGGGUCCGCCUCACGCGCGUCUCCGCCCCGCGCCCGGGAAAUGGUGGGGCCGAGGAUAUUACCGCUGGAAGCCUUCCGUCACGGACACAUCUCAGCUUUAAACAUCAGAGGUAAAACUUACUCUGAAGCAUUAGAAUAAGACUUGCAAAAGAACAUUGUGCAGCAUGGAUUCUCUACCAGAAGAAUUUUUUGUGAGAGAUCCUCUUGAGGAACAGUCUAAGGAGGAAAUCAAGAAUAAGGUAGAAAAAUCAGCUAAUCAACUGGACAAACAGGAAAAGGACAAACCUACUGGUCUUGUUUCUAUUAACCUACUAGUAGAAGUGAAGAAGUUACUGAGUGCAAUUAACACUCUACCAAAAGGUGUGGUCCCUCACAUUAAGAAGUUCUUACAAGAAGAUUUUUCCUUCCAAACUAUGCAGAGGGAAGUUGCAGCUAACAGUCAGAAUGGGGAGGAAAUCGUUCCUACUUUGACUUUACGUUUCCUGAUAACACAAUUGGAAGCAGCACUUAGGAAUAUUCAAGCUACUAAUUAUACUGCACAUCAGAUUAAUAUUGGCUAUUACUUGACAUUACUGUUUCUGUAUGGAGUAGCACUCACUGAAAGAGGGAAGAAAGAGGAUUACACAGAAGCUGAGAAUAAAUUUCUAGUGAUGAAGAUGGUGAUCCAAGAAAAUGAAAUUUGUGAAAACUUUAUGUCUUUAGUUUAUUUUGGACGUGGUUUGCUUCGAUGUGCUCAGAAGAGGUAUAAUGGAGGACUGCUAGAAUUUCAUAAAAGCUUACAAGAAAUAGGAGAUACAAAUGAUCAUUGGUUUGACAUAGAUCCUACAGAAGAUGAAGAUUUACCUACAACUUUUAAAGAUCUUCUUAAUAAUUUUACCAAGACAACUGAAAAUAAUAUAAUGAAGCAGACCAUUUGCAGUUAUCUAGAUUGUGAGCGAUCUUGUGAAGCUGACAUUUUAAAGAACACCAAUUAUAAGGGUUUUUUUCAGUUGAUGUGCAGUAAAAGCUGUUGUGUUUAUUUCCAUAAAGUUUGUUGGAAAAAGUUCAAGAAUUUAAAAUAUCCAGGUGAAAAUGAUCAGAGUUUUAGUGGGAAAAAAUGUUUGAAGGAAGGAUGUACAGGUGACAUGGUAAGGAUGCUACAAUGUGAUGUACCUGGAAUUGUCAAAAUUCUGUUUGAAGUUGUGAGAAAGGAUGAAUAUAUAACCAUUGAAAAUUUAGGAGCAAGUUAUAAAAACUUGAUGUCUCUGAAAAUCACUGAUACUGAUGUAAGACCGAAGAUCAGUUUAAAAUUUAGUACCAAAGAUGAAAUGCCUAUCUUCAAACUUGAUUAUAAUUAUUUCUAUCAUCUGCUUCAUGUAAUUAUAAUUUCUGGUACUGACAUUGUCCGGCAAAUAUUUGAUGAGGCUAUGCCACCCCCUCUUUUGAAAAAAGAGCUUCUUAUACACAAGAAUGUGCUGGAACCCUACUACAACCAUCUUUGGACCAAUCACCCUUUGGGUGGAGCUUGGCAUCUGCUUUAUCCCCCAAACAAGGAGCUACCACAGUCCAAACAGUUUGACUUAUACCUCCUAUUAGCUCUCAUAAAACAUUUGAAUGUAUUCCCUGCACCCAAAAAAGGCUGGAAUAUGGAACCACCAUCUUCUGAUCUCUCUAAGUCUGCAGACAUCCUGAGGCUGUGCAAAUACAGGGAUAUCCUCCUUAGUGAGAUUUUGAUGAAUGGUCUCACUGAGUCACAAUUCAAUUCAAUUUGGAAAAAAGUUUCAGAUAUUCUUCUGCGCCUUGGGAUGAAGCAAGAGGAUAUUGACAAAGUGAAGGAAAAUCCCAUUGAGAAUAUCUCCCUUGAUUACCAUCAGCUGUCCAUCUACCUAGGCAUACCAGUACCAGAAAUCAUCCAGAGGAUGUUAUCCUGCUAUCAACAAGGAAUUGCUCUACAGUCAAUAACAGGCAGUCAACGUAUUGAAAUAGAAGAGUUACAGAAUGAAGAAGAAGAACUAAGUCCACCUCUCAUGGAGUAUAAUAUAAAUGUGAAGUCAAACCCUGAAAUACAGUUAGCAGAAAUGAAUAAAGAUGGAACAUCGAUACCCAGUGAAUCUUCAACAGAAUCUAUUAAAGAUCUCCAGGAAGUUAAGAGUAAACCAAAGAAAAAGAAAAAGACUAAGAAUAAAAAGAAUAAAGAAUCAAAAGAAGAGCCAACCCCAAAUAUGGUAGGAAAGGAAGAGCAGUUGAAGCAAGAACAAGCAACAGUCAGUAGAUUUAUGAAAGAUGAUGCGAGUGAUGCUCAGGAAGAUUCUACAACUGAAGACAAGUUCUAUAGCCUGGAUGAAUUGCAUAUUCUGGACAUGAUAGAGCAGGGUUCAACCAGCAAGGCAACUGCAGAAUAUGGAGAAAGUGAGAAGGAAAAUCUUGCUCAACAACGGCAGCUUUAUAAAUUGCACUAUCAGUGUGAAGAUUUCAAAAGGCAAUUGAAAACAGUGACUUUUCGGUGGCAAGAAAACCAAAUGCAAAUUAAGAAGAAAGACAAAAUCAUCGCAUCUCUGAACCAACAAGUGGCUUUUGGAAUCAAUAAGCUUUCCAAAUUGCAGCGUCAGAGCCAUGCUAAAGAUAAUGAAAUCAAAAACCUUAAAGAGCAACUUUCCAUGAAAAGAUCUCAGUGGGAAAUGGAGAAGCAUAAUCUGGAAAGCACAAUUAAAACAUACUUAAACAAACUGAAUGCAGAAACCAGUAGAGCUUUAACAGCUGAGGUGUACUUCUUGCAGUGUCGUCGAGAUUUUGGCUUGCUUCAUCUAGAGCAGACUGAAAAGGAAUGCCUCAGUCAGCUUGCCAGGGUGACUCACAUGGCGGCAAGCAACCUAGAAUCACUUCAAUUAAAGGCUGCAGUAGACAGUUGGAAUGCCAUUGUGACAGAUGUCAGAAACAAGAUUGCAUUCCUUAGGACACAGUACAAUGAACAGAUUAAUAAGGUGAAGCAAGGGUUUGCCUUGAAUACCUUGCCUCCAAUCCAGCUUCCUCCACCACCACCAAGUCCUGAGAUACUGAUGCAGCAGUUCUUAGGAAGACCCCUUGUGAAAGAGUCUUUCUUUAGACCAAUACUCGCUGUUCCUCAAAUGUCUGCCAUUUGCCCUGGAGUCAUCUCUGCACCUGGCCAAUCUAGAGCCCCUCUGGUGACUGGCAUAGCCUGGACCAUGCCAGCGCCUGUGGGAGAAAGUGGGCCUCCCAGUGCAAGUGUGGGAAGUGAUUCCCCCAUGAUGAACUGGGAGAGGAUUACAGACAGGCUGAAAACUGCCUUUCCUCAACAGACCAGAAAGGAGCUUACAGAUUUCUUAAAGAAAUUGAAGGAUGCUCAUGGGAAGUCCUUAUCUGGACUGACAUUUGAUGAAAUUGUUAACAAGAUUUCCCAAUUUAUUGACCCCAAGAGAUCACAGUGUCAAGGACAAUCAGUGCCCAAUGGUAACUGUGUUUCACCCAGCCACACUCCACCACAAUCUAAUGCUGCCCAGCCCCCCAAACCAGCCUGGAGGCCCCUUGGUUCACAAGGUCCUGCCGCAUGGGAAGGAGCCAGUAAUUUGGAUAAUGAAGAAGAAGAAGAGGAGCCCUGUGUGAUCUGUCAUGAGAACCUCUCUCCAGAAAACCUCUCAGUUUUGCCUUGUGCUCACAAAUUCCACUCUCAGUGCAUUAGACCUUGGUUGAUGCAACAGGGGACAUGCCCAACCUGCAGACUCCACGUUUUGCUACCAGAAGAAUUUCCUGGUCACUCCAGCUGGCACUUGCCCAAGAUCUGACCCAAGAGGUUGACUGUGCAAAGGAAAUUCAGUUUUCAGACUCAAGAAUUUAGUUCUGUCUUUUAUUAUGAGCUGAUAGUGUGAAUGAUGUGUAGUAGUAUGCUCUUCAAAAUUGUGCAAAAAAAGCUAGCUGAUCUCAUCAAAGCUGCAGCCAAAGAGGAGAGGACAAAACUUCAGGACUUGUGAACUGAACUGAAAGGGCUUAAAGAAAAUGGAAUUUUAAACAUCACAUUAUAUUUGCCCUUAUCUUCAUAGGCACUUUUUUCCAACAUAAACAUGAAAGCUGUUAACAUAUCUUAGGAUGUCUUUUCUUGUCUGUUUUCCUCCUUAUUCCAUUUAUUAUUUACUUUCUUCCAAGUAUUCUACAUUUGAAUUACCUGAAAUAGAUUUAAGAGAAAAAGUAGAAUAGUAAACAAAUUGGAAAACUCCAGAUUUUAGUGUACCUUUUAACUUGUAAAACUGUUUACAAAAAACAUAAUUCAAUCAUUAAAUUUUAUCUCUAUUCUUUUCUGUCCUCUUAAAUAUGUACCCACAAAGAGAUUAUGAGCUGCCUGAGAGUAGGGACCAUACAGUGGUGUGUUGGAGCUGGCUUACAAUGACUUGUGGGAGAUGGUGAUUGUUUAAGUUUCAGGAAUCUUGUAAGCCAGUUACCAGGUUCUUGGUAGCUUGAAAUCUGCCAUACAGUAUUUUUACCCUUGAAGUUGGUAAAUGCUAUAAGGACCCCUUCCCCUCAAGAACUGGUUGUUAAACGUUUACUAGCACACCACUGGGACUGUCUGGUCCUCAUAUGUGUUCCCAAUGCUACACAGUAGGUGCCAGCAUAAUAUCUCAGAAGUAGAAAACAGAAAAGGAGUUAAUGUGCAAAUUUAAGUCACUUGCUCUGUUGAAUAAUUGACAUCUUAAGUUCAUUUAUAAACAUUCUCAUUGGACUUUAUCAUUUACACUUUGGAGGAAUUUUUUUUUUCUUAAAAUUUCCUGUUUCAUUUUCUCACACUGGAGGGUAUGGGGAACUUUUUAUGUGUAACUGCUUCUUAGAACAAAGCUAAUACCCAGUGGGUUAAAUUGCAUAUCUAAAGCUUGUUACUGAGAAUUUUCUUUCUUGGAGGUUAAAAGCCUAUUCUGAAAAUAAGUAUUGUGUAAAUGCUGUAAGUGUUGUACAUGUCUCUAGUUACAAAAUUUUUAAAAUUCAGUUACUUUGUAAGACAAAUGUUACUUGGUCAUGUUCUUUUCCAUGAAUUAAUGGAAUUGAGACUGUGAAUUAAGUGUUUGCUGACUCAGCAACUAUUUUAUCUGUAUAUUUCAGUGCAGAUGUAUCUUGAAGUUACUUUAAAUCUCUAUUUAAAACUGCUUUUUCUGUAAUUGUAUACUAAAUAUUUUUUUUCUGUAAUGACAAUAAACUGGAAAAUGUAAAGGAAAAA